AUGUCAUUACUGUCACCACAACCAGAUCCAUACAAGAUUCAGCCGAGCAAUAUCACUGAAGUCACAAUGUUUACAUUGCUUGGCUUCACGGAUGAUUUUGAGCUUCAAGUGUAUCUCUUUUUAAUAUUUCUUACAGUGUAUAUUUUUACUCUGGUAGGAAAUUUGGGACUAGUUUUAUUAGUCAGGGUAGAUUCCAGACUACACAACCCUAUGUACUAUUUUCUGAGUGCAUUAUCUUCUGUAGAUGCUUGCUUUUCUUCAGUUGUCACCCCAAAAAUGUUGGUCAAUUUCCUAGCAGAGAAUAAAGGCAUUUCAUUCCUUGGGUGUGCUACACAGAUGUGGCUCUUUGUCACUUUUGGGAGCACAGAAUGCUUCCUCUUGGCAGCCAUGGCGUAUGAUCGCUAUGUAGCAAUCUACAACCCACUUCUGUAUUCAGUUAACAUGUCAUCCAGAGUCUAUGUGCCACUCAUCACUGCUUCUUACGUUGUUGGUAUAUUAAAUGCUACUUUACAUACUGUAGCAACUUUUCACCUCUCCUUCUGUGCAUCCAAUGAAAUUAGACAUUUCUUUUGUGAUAUCCCUCCAAUCCUUGCAAUCUCCUGUUCUGACACUCAUGUCAAUGAGCUUCUACUCUUCUGCGUUGUAGGUUCUUUGGAGAUAUUCACUAUCCUGAUUGUCCUGAUCUCCUAUGGUUUCAUUUUGUUGGCCAUUCUGAGGAUACAUUCUGCUGAAGGGAGGAAAAAAGUGUUUUCCACUUGUGGCUCUCACUUAACUGGGGUGUCAAUUUACCAUGGAACAAUCCUCUUCACGUAUGUGAGACCAACUGCUAGCUAUGCUUUGGAUGAUGACAUGAUAGUGUCUGUAUUUUACACCGUUGUGAUUCCCAUGUUGAAUCCCAUCAUCUACAGCUUGAGGAACACGGAUGUAAAAGAAGCAAUGAAAAAACUGUUUAAGAGAAAUUGGUCUAUAAAUAGAUUUCAUUGUUAG